AUGACGCUAAUCGAAAGUGAUAACUGCAACAGACGUUUGAGAGCUUCAGUAAUAAAGGAACGAGCGGAAAGUUAUGAAAAAUCAGAAGGCUGCUAUAUCAUCGUUAAAAAUAGGAGGGGAGCGCGUCAGGGCUGUUCCAUGUCACCUAGUGACUUCAUGGUAAUGCUGAUCCCAGCUGUAACAGCUGCAACACAUCCGAAUAUUCUUUCAAGUUCAAUUUUUAGCGGUCAGCUGUUAGUCUUCAGUGGUCUUCCUGGUUUAGUAAAACGUCUAGUGCCUCCGGUGUUGCGAGUUUUGUAUACAUGUUAG